UCGAGUCGAGGUAACGAGUCGACAACAACGACCACAAAGCCACGACGACGAUGACGGUGACGCUGCGGGCUGCGCUUGCGUGCGCCCUCGUUCUCGCCUCACAUACAUACACACACACAUACACACGUGCUCACGUAUCGGGGUUGCGCGCGCGCGCGCAUCCAUCGUCUUUCAUGCUCCUUGCACCCCGUAGAGAUACAUCUCUCCCGUCUCGCGAAAACUUGCGUCGCCGUCGCGUGUGCGAUCCGUACACACAAUCGUCGCGCUCCACCUCGCCCCAUUGUGUUACCGGCCGUCAAGCAGCUGCGCGACGACCGUGACUGCCGCGGAGUGUGCGUCGGUCAGUCCGCCUGUGUGUUGUCACGUGACGACGACGACGACGACGACGACGACGAACACCGUCGUGACGAGGCUUGUCCCGUAAGUCUUUAAAGGGUGCAGGAGGAGACCACCCUUGUCCCGCUGCGUGUCGCGUACCACCGCGCCGACGUGACACCGACGUGCACUGGCGUUGUCCAACCACUCCGGGUCCUCUCGGGGACGUGAUUUAUUCGGCCGAGGGCAGCGGCACGACGUAAAUACUCGGCGAGAUCGAUAAGGGAGCGCGCGAGGGAGUCUGGAGGCUCCCGUGUGUUUCGCCUACCGUUCGUCGGCCCGUUCAUGGGAAAAAGUGGGUCGUCCUACCGCACGCUAGUGGAAGGUGAGUCUCUCCGUCGUUACGUCACCGUCGCGCUAUCGGUCAGAGCGGAGAGUCGCGUUAUCGGUGAAACGACGCGGCGCGGCGCGACGAAGGUAGCGGCGAGCGUACGCCUUUUGCCGCGAGAGCAGGAGCGGAGGCUCCUCGUAUAGGUGUGUCACAACGUGCGAUUUCCGAUUGGGAGGUGCGUGCGCGUUGCCGCAGUGAAAUUCCGACAGCGCGCGCCCGCUGCAGUGCAAGGGACGCGAUACACCGAAGUUAUCCAAUGAGGGAUAUUCUUAUUUAGAAGAGCACGAUGAGAGGUGGUGCUGGUGAUGGUGAUGGUCCACCCAUGGUUACUGUUCCCGCUUCGGCGACUCUUAAUUUUAUGACUGAGGAUAGUAUGAGCGACGACGUAUUCGAAAUGGACGACGAUCGCUCUUCCACCACGAAUGUCACGAAUGUCGUCUCCGGAGGCCUCACGCCCGCAACCGUGGAACGACCCCUUGAAAAGACACCCUCACCUACUGGAUACCGCGAUUAUAAGCCACCUGCCGAGGUGCUCAGUAACAACUACAGCACAACUUUUAAGACAACGAGCGACUUCGACAGCGUAAGAAGCGCUUUGAAGAAGGACCAGCAGAGAGAAGAUAAUUUCGCGCACAAGACAAUCCUUCUCGGCGAUAGCGGGGUCGGCAAGACUUCGUUAUUGGUCCAGUUCGAUACCGGAAGAUUCCAGCCGGGAAACUUCGCGGCCACCGUGGGUAUCGGUUUUACGAACAAAGUUGUCACCGUCGACGACACGCCGAUCAAGCUGCAGAUAUGGGACACAGCCGGCCAGGAGAGGUUCCGAAGCGUGACGCACGCUUACUACCGAGACGCACAUGCGCUUCUGCUGCUGUACGACGUGACGAAUAAGACGAGUUACGACAACAUCAGGGCUUGGCUAAGCGAAAUCCGGGAACACGCGAACGAGGAUGUCGUCAUCAUGCUGCUGGGUAACAAGUCCGACUGCGGGACGGAGCGUGCCGUUAAGCGGGAAGACGGCGAGCGAUUAGCGCAGGAGUACAAAGUGCCGUUCAUGGAAACGUCUGCCAAGACUGGCCUCAAUGUCGAAUUGGCGUUUCUCGCCGUUGCUCGGGAGCUGAAGGCUAGAAAAAGCGACGGCUCUGACGGGACGAAAUUCAACGUUCAGGACUACGUGCGUCAGCAGUCGCAGCGAAGCUCCUGCUUCAACUCCAGCUGCCUCACAACCUGAACUGCUUUUCAUUUUUUUUUUUUACGUUAAAUUAAGAGAAUACGCGAACUGGAAUCGCCGUUGGUCGCCGAGCAGAUACGGCGCGAAAUUGCCAUCGCGCGCGAGCCAGGCGUUCAUUUGAUUUCCACGCGAGAGAAUAUCGGAGUGUAACAUUCGUUGCGGGACGGGCGUAUAAAUUUUAUACUCGAUUCAUAGAGCAACUUUGCGAAUAAACCACAACGCAGAGCAGAUCGAUCUGAGUUCAUCGGGGUGAAUCGGAACCACAGCACGCACACGAGUGAUAUAUUAGAAUUUUCGGGAAACCUGACUAACCCGAGGCGUUAUUUCGUUCAACGAAAAGUCAUAGAUGUUAGCGCAAACCGCGCGUACACGUGAUAUCGAAGGAGUACGAAAUUUUUUUUUAAAGAAUCUUAAAAGAAUCAAGGUCAAAGAUUUGAAUUUUUUUUAGCGUUAUAGCGCCAGGGGGAGCGCGGAGAUUCUCGUUAAACGUAAGCUAACAUGUGUCAAUGGUUAUUCGCACACGCUGUAUAUUAAUGUGAAUAGUUCUAAGAGGAUAGAAAGAGAGUUUCACACGCAGGACACCCCCGUAGGUAAGGCUUUAGCUUGAUGGUU